UCAAUUAUUCAACCAAUAAAUACCAAAAGCAGACUAUUAUGUGUUAAAGUGAAAAGUAACUUUACUUAAGAUCACCUUUGAAUUCAACUAGUGGAAGAAAAAAACACAAAACCCUCCCAAAAUUGGGUCACUAUCAGUAACACAUAGCAUCAGGAAAAAAAACACUAACCAUUUUCUUUGUCACAUAACAAACAUUAACAUAGAAAGACCAGAAGGAAAAUUAUCCUUAACUUUCUCACAUGUUGUCUAUUUUCUGUUUCUGCUUAAUACUUUUCACUUCUUUUAACCAUUGUUUAGCUAGAGAUACCAUAACCAUAAACAACUUACUAAGAGAUGAAGAAAAACAUACUCUCAUUUCAGCAGGAGAAAAUUUUGAACUUGGAUUUUUCACUCCAAAUGAAACCUCUUUAGGUUAUAGAAAAAGAUAUGUUGGAAUUUGGUACUACAAUUUAACACCAAAAACAGUUGUUUGGGUUGCAAAUAGAGACAACCCAGUUCAAGAUUCUAGUGGCACUUUUGUCAUUUCACAAAAUGGAAAUCUCAUGGUUUUAGAUAGUACUGGUAAAUCUUACUGGAGUACAAAUCUUGAAACAUCAUUAUCAUCUUCAUUACAUAGGAAAGUUAAACUAUUAGACAAUGGAAACCUUAUUGUAAUCGACGAAGAACAAGAACAAGGAAAAGUGAAGAUUCUAUGGCAGAGUUUUGAGAAUCCAACUGAUACAUUUCUUCCAGGAAUGAAAAUGGAUGAAAGUUUAUCAUUAACUUCAUGGAGAAGUAAUGAAGAACCUGCAUCAGGAAACUUUACUUUCGCACAAGACGAAAAAGAGAAUCAAUAUAUUAUAUGGAAAAGAUCUAUUAGGUAUUGGAAAAGUAGUGUAUCAGGUAAAUUUGUUGGAACCGGUGAAAUGUCUUCAGCUAUAUCUUAUCUUUUAUCAAAUUUCACUUUGAAAAUUUCACCAAAUAACACUGUUCCUUUUCUUACUCCAUCACUUUAUAGUAACACAAGGUUUGUUAUGACUUAUUGGGGUCAACUUAAGUAUUUGAAGAUGGAUUCAGAGAAAAAAUGGUUGAUGGUUUGGGUUGAACCAAGAGAUAGAUGCAGUGUUUUCAAUGUAUGUGGAAAUUUUGGUAGCUGUAAUAGUAAAUAUGAUUCUAUGUGUAAGUGUUUACCUGGAUUUAAGGCGAAUUCUAUCGAAAAAUGGAAAGGUGGAGAUUUUUCGGGUGGAUGUAGUAGGAAAACAAAUGUGUGUGGUGAGAAUGCUAAGAGUGAUACAUUUUUGAAGUUACGAAUGAUGAAAGUUGCGAAUCCUGAUGCUGAGUUUAAUGCUAAGAGUGAAGAGGAAUGUAAGUUGGAGUGUGUUAAUAAUUGUCAGUGUUAUGCUUAUUCAUAUGUAGAUGUUGAAAAGGUUGCAAGGAUUGGUGAUAGUGGUGAUCCUGUUUGUUGGAUUUGGUAUGAGGAUUUGGAUAAUCUUGAAGAAGAGUAUGAGGGUGGUUGUGAUCUGAAUGUUAGAGUUGCAUUUUCUGAUAUAGAAUCCACUAGCAGAAGUUGUGGAACUUGUGGCACAAACUUCAUUCCAUAUCCCCUUAGCACAGGACAGCAUUGUGGUGACCCCAAAUACUUCAAUUUUCAAUGCAACACUACAACUGGUGAGCUUGAAUUUGAUACUCCUGGAGGAGCGUAUCAAGUCAUAAGUAUAAAUCAAGAAACACAAAAAUUCUUGAUCCAUCAAAAUAAUGUACUUAAUUGUAAGAGUCAAAAUUCUCUGCUUCUCAAUAAGUCAUCUCCAUUUCAUCUUACUGGAAAUUGCUAUGUUGAUCCAAUCACAUUUAGUUCUAAUGCUCCACUAACACAUGGAGUAGAAAUAGAAUUAAGAUGGGAUUCUCCACUAGAGCCAAUUUGUUCUUCAUUGUUGGACUGCAAGGACUGGCCAAACUCGACUUGCAAUACUACCGAUGAUGGAAAGAAGAGAUGUCUUUGCAAUAACAACUUUCUUUGGGAUGGCUUCAAACUAAAUUGUACUCGAGAAGGCGAAAGCUACAAAACAAAACGGCAUCUAUCUUCACCAGUGAUCAUUGUACUGACAUUAGCACCUGUGAUUCUCUUAAUUAUUUUGUCAAGUACGGUUGCAUGUACUUAUGUGCGAAAAAGGAGACAGUCCAAGACACAAGAAACCAAAGGAUAUAUUCAAAAACACUCAGGGAUCAACUUGUAUGACAGUGAGAGAUAUGUUAGGGACUUGAUUGAAUCAGGUGGAAUGAAAGAAGACGAUGGACAAGCCGUAGAUAUUCCGCAUUUUCACCUUGAGAGUAUACUUGAUGCUACUAACAACUUUGCAAGUGCAAACAAGCUUGGACAAGGUGGUUUUGGUCCUGUCUACAAGGGGAAAUUUCAAGGAGGACAAGAAAUAGCGGUAAAAAGACUUUCAAGUUGUUCUGGACAAGGUUUUGAGGAGUUUAAGAAUGAAGUUGUAUUGAUCGCCAAGCUUCAACAUCGAAACCUAGUUCGACUUUUAGGUUAUUGUGUUGAAGGAGAUGAAAAGAUGUUAGUAUAUGAAUAUAUGCCAAAUAGAAGCUUAGAUGGUUUCAUUUUUGACAAAAAGCUGUCUGUUUUAUUAGAUUGGGAUAUGCGAUUCAAGAUUAUUUUGGGGAUUGCUCGAGGUCUUCUUUAUUUGCAUGAAGAUUCUAGACUAAGAAUUAUUCAUAGAGAUUUGAAAGCAAGCAACAUUCUUCUAGAUGAAGAGAAGAAUCCUAAAAUCUCUGACUUUGGUUUAGCCAGGAUAUUUGGAGGAAAAGAUACGGUAGCAAACACAGAAAGAGUGGUUGGAACAUACGGUUACAUGUCUCCAGAGUAUGCACUUGAUGGACAUUUUUCGGUGAAAUCUGAUGUUUUCAGCUUUGGUGUUGUGGUACUUGAGAUUAUUAGUGGAAAAAGAAACACUGGAUUUUAUCAAGUAGAACAUGAAUUGAGCCUUCUAGGAUAUGCAUGGCAUUUGUGGAAAGUAGGGAGGGCAUUAGAUUUCAUGGACCAAACACUAUGUGAAUCAUGCAAAGCAGAAGAAUGUUUGAAAUGUGUGAAUAUAGGAUUACUAUGCUUACAAGAAGACCCAAAUGAACGUCCAAACAUGUCAAAUGUUGUUUUUAUGUUGGGAAGUGAAUCUAAUACUCUUCCAACUCCUAAGGAACCAGCCUUUGUCAUUAGAAGAUGUCCUUCAAGCAGAGCAUCUACAUCUAGUAAAAUGGAAACUUUUUCACGUAAUGAAUUGACUGUCACUUUGGAAAAUGGAAGGUAGCUUACAUUGUCUGCAAUAUCAAGGUUUCUCAUAUAUAGGGUGCUCAAUUGAGAGAAGAGUUAUUGGUCCCAAAUUCUGUUUUUGAUCAAAAUAUGUACUUAUUUCUUUAUACUUACAUGCAAAUUUUCCAUUAUUCAUUUCUUUAAGGAUUUUUUUACACCUGCAUCCGAUCAUAUUUAAUUAUUUUGCAAUUUUUUUUCUGAGAAAUUAUUGUGCAAUUUUGUUGUGUUGUACUGUUGUCUUUAAAGUAUUUUCAUAUAUUGACCCAACGUUGGACUUGGUAGGGAGAACCGCGAUUGAUCUCCCGCAACUGCGAUCGAGAGGAGAAUGGAACCACUUGAUGUCAUAAUUAACCCCCGAACCAAAUUAAGCGGUCAAGUGGACU